AUGUCCACCAUGAUGCUCACCAUCUUGUUACUGGCCGCGGCUGGUCUCUCUGUUGCAGAGGAUGGUUUGGACGGCUGGUUGCGACAUGCACCACUGCCUUCCACCCUUUCUGAUCAUUCUCCUCCUGCUAAUAUCAUCGCUCUCAACACGACAGCGAAUGGUCCAGUUUCGACUGCCGGAAGAGAACUCCAGAGGGGGAUAAACAGCAUUUUCGGCCAGAAGGUUACCCUCGCUUACAACAAUGGAAAUACGUCGUUGUCAGUUAUUGUUGGUACAUUCGACGAAUUCGCUAAUGUCUACCGCGAUGCGGGAGAAGUCCCCCAACUCGAGGAUGACGGAUUCUGGCUCAACACAACUGGCUCUACAGUCCAGAUCUUAGGUCAAAAUGAGCGUGGUACUCUCUAUGGCGCAUUCGAAUACCUCUCCAUGCUCGCCCAAGGAAACUUCUCCAAGAUCGCCUAUGCCGAUUCCCCAAAGGCCCCGAUCCGCUGGGUCAAUCAGUGGGACAAUCUAGACGGUUCUAUCGAACGCGGUUACGGCGGACCAUCCAUCUUCUUCAAGAACGGGACGGUGGUGAAUGAUCUGGAUCGAGUAUCAGAGUAUGCACGUCUUCUAGCCUCGAUACGCAUCAACGGCAUUAUCGUCAACAACGUCAACGCCAAUGCCUCACUCUUGAGCCCUGUCAAUGUCGACGGCCUAGGAAGAAUAGCGGACACAUUCCGCCCAUACGGCGUUCAAGUGGGCAUCGCCCUCAACUUUGCUUCCCCAACAGCUUCGCUCGUCUACGGUAACCUCAGCACCUUCGACCCUCUCGAUCAAGGCGUAAUCACGUGGUGGACCAAUGUCACAGAUACUCUCUAUCGUCGCGUUCCUGAUAUGGCAGGAUACCUUGUUAAAGCGAACUCGGAAGGCCAACCGGGUCCUUUAACCUACAACCGUACACUUGCUCAAGGAGCGAACCUGUUUGCCCGUGCCCUUCAACCGCAUGGUGGGAUCCUGAUGUUCCGAGCCUUCGUCUAUGACAAUCACAUCCACGAGACGGACUGGAAAGCAGACAGGGCGAAUGCUGCCGUUGACUUCUUCCGCGGUCUCGAUGGCAAGUUUGACGACAAUGUCGUUAUCCAGAUCAAAUACGGCCCUAUUGACUUCCAAGUUCGCGAGCCUGCUUCGCCUUUGUUGGCGUAUUUGCAAAAUACGAGCACGGCGAUUGAGUUAGAAGUCACACAAGAAUACCUGGGUCAGCAAUGCCAUCUAGUUUACUUGCCCCCCUUGUGGAAGACAGUUCUGGACUUUGACAUGCGAGCGCACCACGCUCCGUCUCGGGUCCGCGACAUCAUCUCCGGAAAGCGUUUCAAUCGACCUUUGGGCGGCUCUGCCGCUGUCGUCAACGUUGGAACCAACACGACCUGGCUGGGCAGCCACCUUGCCAUGUCAAAUCUAUACGCCUACGGUCGUCUUGCCUGGAACGCGGCCGAGGAUCCGCAAAGCAUGUUGCAAGACUGGAUCCGGUUGACUUUUGGUUUGGAUCCAACCGUCAUGAAAACAAUCACCGACAUGUCCAUGGCCUCGUGGCCGGCGUACGAGAACUACAGCGGCAACCUCGGUAUCCAGACCCUGACCGACAUUCUAUAUACGCAUUUCGGUCCGAACCCGGCUUCCCAGGACAACAACGGCUGGGGCCAAUGGACCAGGGCCGACCGGGAUACCAUCGGGAUGGAUCGAACCGUGUCCAACGGAACGGGCUUCUCAGGUCAAUAUCCCGCCGAAGUAGCAGAAAUAUACGAGAGCAUCUCGACCACGCCCGACAAUUUACUCCUGUGGUUUCAUCACGUCAACUACACUCACCGCCUCCACUCGGGCAAGACAGUAAUUCAACAUUUCUACGAUGCACACUACGCUGGUGCGGAGACGGCCCAAACAUUUGUCUCACAAUGGGAAACACUGAGAGGGAAAAUCGACCAGCAAAGGUACGACGAAAUCCAUUUCCGCCUGGUAUUCCAAGCGGCCCACUCCAUCGUCUGGCGCGACGCCGUCAACGGCUUCUACUAUAACUUGUCCGGGAUUCCAGACUCAGCAGGCCGCGUGGGCCAUCAUCCCUGGCGCAUCGAGGCCGAAAGCAUGGCGCUCGACGGCUACGAGACAUACACCGUGAGUCCGUUCGAAACGGCCUCGAAGACGACCGCGAUUGUGACUUCUGCCAACUCCACGACUGGCACUGCAAUGACGACGCUCGCAUUCCCCAACGGUACUUACGAUCUCGCUGUCAACUACUACGACCUGAUCGGCGGCAUAUCCCGGUGGGAAGUGUCUCUCAACGACCGCGCGGUGGGUAGCUGGGUUGGAAACAAUGAAGAUACACUGGGCCAUGCACCGUCGACAUAUCUGGAUGGCCAUUCGGCUACGAGAAUCACAUUUCGCAACGUCACCGUUCACAAGGGCGAUGUGUUGAAGAUCGUAGGUACACCAGAUGGCAUUGAGCCGGCGCCACUGGACUAUGUGUCCAUCUUGCCGAUAGGUGUGGUUGACUAG